UUCCGCACUGGCUGAUUAAGUCUGAUGACGUAGUCAAGCUCCAAUCCACAUGCUGGGGGCAGGACUAAAAUCCGGCGGCGCAGGGUAGGAGGAGCUAGCCUGGUGGAAGCACGUGACCUGGGUCUGGAGCCGGAAGCUACCUAUCUCGUCUGGAGCUUCCCCAGCACCUAAGGCUGAGAUGACUUCUGCACUGACCCAGGGGCUGGAGCGAAUCCCAGAUCAACUCGGCUACCUGGUGCUGAGUGAAGGCGCAGUGCUGGCGUCAUCUGGGGAUCUAGAGAAUGAUGAGCAGGCAGCCAGUGCCAUCUCUGAGCUGGUCAGUACAGCCUGUGGUUUCCGGCUGCACCAUGGCAUGAACAUACCCUUCAAGCGCUUGUCAGGUAUGUCUCCCCUCCAGUGGUCUUUGGAGAACACACGCUGCUGGUGACUGUGUCAGGACAGAGGGUGUUUGUGGUGAAGAGGCAGAACCGAGGCCGGGAGCCCAUUGAUGUCUGAGCCUGCCAAGGGCGAGGGGCAGAGGUGUAUUGGGUCCAUGAGCCUCUGUGAUGAGGAAGAUGCAAACUUCUUCCACCUUUUUCUUGGCCUGCUGCUUGAGCUAAGGCUUUCUGUUCACCCACUGCCCCACCCCUGUAACCUGGAAGGGCAGAGGCUUGAGGACCCUGUGCUGUGUUAAGGAUAGUGAGGACAAGGGGACCUCCUUCUUUCUUCCCUCCUAAUAAACAUGAAUCUGAUAUUCUCAGGGCCA